UCAACAGAUGUCAAAAAUCAAUUUUGUUAGCUCGUAGGAGACCAUUUUUUACAAAGUACAUUAGAAAAAAAAUUGUUUAUUUUAUACUAUAAUAGCAUACUUCUUAUACAUUGAGAUAAACAUUUCGUUUUUAAUAUAUUCUUUUAAAAGUAUGGCUUUGUGUUCCCGACGUAUGAAAUAUAUUAGGUUAUGUUCACAUAUCAAUAAUUUUAUAAAGUUUUCUUCUACUCUUGGUACUGCUAAGAAAGGAUUAGUUUUGGGAGCCUAUUCAAACGAAAACAAUGGAGUAUCGCUAACUCCAGUAGCUGCGAAAUAUAAUGAAUUAUCUGGAGGCAAAUUAUUGGAACAAAUUAAACUGUCGGUAGUGAUUUAAAUAAUCAUACAGUCGUCGCAUCACAACGAUGGCAUCUAGUCGCGAUGGUAGAAGUAGUUCUGCUUCCUCUCACAGUGGUUCCAACAUACCCCCAAAUCGUUCAUCAAUACGUACCCCAAAACGGCCACGUCCCACUGCGAGUGGAACAUUCGACGAAAAAAACUCAGACUUUUUAUGUCCUAUAUGUUUUAAUCUCAUCGAAGAGGCACACGUCACUAAAUGCGGUCAUACUUACUGCUAUAAUUGUAUAAUUAAAUCAAUAGAAGCGAUAAAACGGUGUCCCAAAUGUAACUCAUCAUUGUCUGUUGAUGAAAUUUUUCCAAAUUUUCUAUUGAACGACGUUAUUAAAAAACAUAAAUUGCGCGUGAACGGUUAUGAAGCUCUCGGUUUAACAAGGGACAGUUCGGGAGAGUUCGCUAAUACAGCUGAGGGUUUACGAGAUUUCGUUGCGAGUGAAUCACAGAAUCUAACGUUGCCAGACGUCAAUGUCAUGUUAGAAGUCCUAACACAACGUAAACAACUUUUAGAAGCGGAAUCUUGUGCUGCUCAAAACAAACUAUUAUUAGAAUUUCUUAAACACCUACUUUCUCAAAAACGGGAAAGGCAAACACAAAUUGCUAAGGAAAUAGCCCUUAUAGAAAGAGAUAUAGAGGAAGUUGGUAAAAAAAUAAGUGAAGUGCACAGUAAAUGCCCAACUCUCGAAGAAGUCGAACGUACAGCAGCUGGAGCGUCUGAAACGGACGCUUCUACGGUUAAUGCCAUGAAAAAAGAGAUGAUCGAAAUAAUUGAUAACAUUGGACGUAAAGAAGAGGAUACUCCGUCACGUUCAAAUGCUUCUCUAGCAAUGCGACGUAGGCGUAUGCACGCCUACUUUGAUGAUUUCGUCGAAUGUUAUUUUUCCCAUCGUUCUAAAGAAGUAUUUUUCGGAAAGGAUGCCGUUGAUAAAACUACUAAACCAGCCGCCGAAUUGAAUGUAGGAUUAGACCAAUUUCGAGAGAGUUUGAUUAAAUUUUCAACUUACAACUCUUUACGUGUCCUUUCUACACUCAACUAUUCCAGUGAUUUAUUUAAUAAUUCAACUAUAGUGUCCAGCAUUGAAUUUGAUAAGGAUAAUGAAUUUUUCGCAAUUGCUGGUGUUACUAAACGUAUUAAGGUAUUUGAUUAUGGUGCAGUCAUCAAAGAUAUAGUUAAUGUUCACUACCCUUGUAUCGAAAUGAUUUCAAGAUCGAAAAUAUCUUGUGUCAGCUGGCAUACAUACCAUAAAAGUACUCUGGCUUCCAGUGAUUAUGAAGGAACUGUUACGAUAUGGGACGCAUCGACAGGACAAAGAACAAAAACGUUCCAAGAACACGAGAAACGUUGUUGGAGUGUAGAUUUCAAUUGUGUAGAUACUAGAUUAAUAGCAUCCGGAUCGGAUGAUGCUAGAGUUAAAUUGUAUUCGUUGAACGAGGAACAUUCUAUUGCUACUUUAGAAGCAAAAGCGAACGUUUGUUGUGUUAAAUUCAAUCCGAAAAGUUCAUCGCAUUUAGCCUUUGGCAGCGCUGAUCACUGUGUUCACUAUUAUGAUCUAAGAAAUAUGAAAGAGGCUGUAAACAUAUUUAAAGGACACAAAAAAGCAGUAAGCUACGUUAAGUUUUUAAAUAGUGAAGAGAUAGUUAGUGCAUCUACAGAUUCACAAUUGAAAAUGUGGAGUAUAAAUAGUCCGUACUGUUUGAGAUCGUUCAUUGGUCAUGUUAAUGAAAAGAACUUUGUAGGAUUAGCUACUGACGGGGAUUAUGUAGCAUGCGGUUCAGAAAAUAACGCCCUUUAUAUAUAUUAUAAAGGAUUGAGUAAAAAAUUGUUUAAUUAUAAGUUUGAAGCUGUUGAGGGGGUUUUGGAACAGGAGAGGAGAGAAGACGAUAUGAAUGAAUUUGUAUCGGCUGUUUGUUGGAAACAAAAUUCGAAUGUUGUGGUUGCAGCUAACAGUAGAGGAAUCAUUAAUAUAUUGGAGUUGGUGUAAUUCUGUUGAUUUUUUUUUGUUAUUUUUUAUUGUAUCAAAUUGUUAAUAAUGGAAAGCAUCAUCUGUAGAAAUUGACGUAUAUUAAUUUCGGUAAAAAAGAUACUCGAGCAAAACUAAAAUUAAAUCUACUACAUUGCAAUAUCCACAUUCUAUAAUAUUUUGUCCAAAUAUACCUUAAAGGUAUAAUUUUUGUUUAUUCAGAUAAGUACUAAUUAUUAAAUUAUGUGUGUAUAUUAUAUGCAGACCAUUUGGGUCCAUAGCCUUGUAAUUUCAAUCCACUUCUUUCGGUUCCUUGCUUUUUCUUUUCAGUACUGGAGUUUUUUCUCUCCAAGGUCUUCUUCCACUACUACCCUUCACCGUUUUUUUGGCCUACCUCUUUUCCUUUUACCCUCUGGUAUCUUCCAUGCAACUCGUUUCAUGAGUCUGUCUUCGUCCAUUCUUCUUGUCUUUAUAAACGCACUGAUUGGUGACUUAUUGAAAAGUUUGUAAGUUUCAUAGUCCGGUCAAUAUAGACAUUUAAAAUAGCAAAAAUUCCCAGAAAGUCAAAUAUUGGUGGACAGCUGGGGUUUACCAUUAAAAAUAAAGUUUUAAAAAUCCCCAUCGAUCCUAUGUGUGCUACAAAAGUUGUCGGGGUGAAGGGUCAAUUUUUUUUGGAUUUUUUUUCGAAAACAGUAAGUUUUAUCCAAAAAAAAAUUCAGACCAAAGUUGUAAGUCUUAAAAUUCUCUACUAAAAUGGUUUUAAUGUUUUUAGGAUAAUUUAAGGGAACAAUGCCCGUCUAAUUCUAGAUAUGACCUUAUUAUUGAUAUUGAUUAUUGAGUUGAAUAUUAUUUUAAUUUCCUCAGAUAUUUUAAUCAGAUUCAUACUCUUGAAAGUCUACUUCAACAGUCUUCUUUUUCCUCUACUCUUGUUGGAUGUUCAUAAAUUGUUCAAAUGUGACUGAGUCAUUGGUCUCGUCAUUAAAAUCACAGGAAUCUUCCUCUAUUGUACUCAACUGAGCAAGACUGACCUUGGCACUUGCUAUACGCUGGAGAACACAACAACAUCAGCCACAUUUGGGACUAAAACAUUACCUACCUUAAGAGUUUUUUGUUAAUCCAGUGGAAAGUCCAUCCAAGAAUGCUUGCCUUGAGGAUUGUAUGGAAGAGUCCACCCAAACCUUAUCAUUAGGCCCCUUUCACACCAAACGAAUCCGAAUCAAGUUGAAUCUGAUUCGUCAUCUCCACUCUUUCACACCAGCUGAAUCAACCUGAAUCUAUAAAAAUCCUUUUUCCGACAAAAAAUCCGCCAAUUUUCCUCCACAGAAGAUAUGAUAUUUCUGUUGCUGUGAUUUUUAUCACUGGCGUCAUAAAUCGCACUAUUUUCUUUAACUUUUAAAAUUAAUAACUCCACGUCCAUCUCGUAUGGUUGUUGAUUCAAGACUGACCGGACGAGGAAUCUGACAGGUUGAAUCAAGUGCGACCUCGAAUCAAACCUGAUUGAACCAGAUUCGUCCGGUCUGAAGGCGGGAAAAGAGUCCCUUCACAUUUAAACGGAGCGCUCGAAGCCGAAUCUUGGUCAAUCGGAUUCAACUUGAUUCGGAGUGAUUCUGAUUGAUUCGGAUUCGAUUGGUGUGAAAGGGCCCUUAGUAUAUCCAGCGUUUACCAAUAUUUCAUCAAGUUAUUGAAUUUGUGUAUUUUCUUCACGAAUUUCUUAUUUCUUCGCAUAUUUCCUUCACACAAUUAUUUCUGCUUUCUGAAUGAUUAGCUCUGUACUGACGAACGAUUCGUUAGACACUUGAAGAAGAUACUUCCGAAAUAUUUGCCGCUUUGGAAAUAUCUUGCAUUUCAUUUUUAUGAAUAUUCACAAUCCUUUGUUUUUCGCUAGCGUUGAAAUGAAUUUUUCUAUCUCUUGUCGACGGACUAUAGCUAAUGUCAACAACUUCAUCAGCUGUAUUCGUGUUAGACAUGUUUAAGAAAAUUAUGCAACAGACAAAUACAAUACAAACAAUCUCAUUGCAGUAUGAUAAUACGAUGCCCUCCCUGUACUACACCUGAUCUAGAAGCUUUUGCAGCAAUGCGGCACUUGUCCCACUUACGCAGCUUUUCAUUAGUGGUAUAUCUAACCUAACCAAGAACGGUGCCGCGCCUCGUUUCGCACAGGAUGUUCACGGGAUGAUCAUGCACUGAUCAUUAUUUUGGUUCACUAUUUUUGUUCGGUAAAUGGACUUUAGACGCAACGUAGCUUCAUUUUUGUAUUGAGUUUUUUGGAUAAAAGACAGGGUUUUAUGUGAUAUCCAGGUUCGUGUUUCUACAUGACUGAAACAUCUAAUGAUCUUUUUUUUUAUGUUAACAUGGCUAAUCAUCUCAGCUCACCAUAAACUUUUAUCAACUAUUAUUCUUUUUAAAUAUUUCAGUCGUAAAAAUAUUAGUUAAUUAUUUAAUAUAACGUUAUUUUCUUUUUGUUUAUUUUUGAAAUCUACACGAAAUGAAACAUCAUUUUUUUUUUCGAAAUUACCGUGUUUGAUUAUUGUGGUGAAGAGAAAAAUGUCGAGAAUGUUGCACCUAAAAAGGUACUUUUAGAAUACUCCAAAACAUAAUCCAGGAAACCUAAAAGGUUAAAAAAUUUGUCUACAUAAAAUAUGUUACAUUUUCAUAUAACCACCCAAUAUAAUGGUGCCAUAUUGAUGCGCAUGUUGUUUUAAAUAAAUUUUUCUUCGUUUUGUUAAAAUACCUAAAAAAAAAAUUCCUACCAGGUACACUAAUGUUAUAAUUACACAGUUUAAAAAAAUGUCACAUUAACAGAUAAAAUGAAAUUCACAUCAUAUUGUAGUUCCUUGAAUAAUAAUAUUUGCUCUAUACACUAUUUGUGUAAAUAUGCAAAACUAUGUCAAAGCCGUAACGAGCUGAGGACAUCUAUAUUUUUGAAAAUGAUUACCAGUAUUCAAUAUAAAUGUCGGUCCCAUUCAUAGUGGUAUACAAUGUAGUCCAAUUUGACCCGGACUGUCCAAAAAAAAACAUUUUCAUUUUUAAUAUAAAUAGUCAUUAUUGCCUUAAAAAUAUUAAAAAAUUACUUUUUAUGGCUUCAAUGAACUCGUAACGUAUUUCCCGAAGCGAAUUAUUGAGUUUUGAAUAGAGCAAAAAGUCACAAGGAGUCAAAUCUGGCAAAUAAGGUGGUUGUCCAAAAUAUCAAUGCUGGAAUUAACAUGAAUCGUUUGCUCAUAAAUUUGGUAUUAUACUAUGAAUUGCUUUAACUAGACGCCUAGAAACGACUAAGUUGACCCUUUGGUACAAAUUUAUGGGGAACGACACCACGGUAAUCGUGUUCGACCGACGUGGUAUUUUCGGUUUCGGCUUAUUUUUGAAUCACCAUUCGCUAGAUUGUUGGGCAUAUUCGACAUCAUAUUCAUAAACCCGUGUCUCGUCUCCAUUAAUGAUGCACUUGAUAAAUGUGGGGUCCUGAGCAUAUCUUUUGCGAAUUCGACAUUGUUUUUACAAAAGAUAUUUUUGUGGAAGUUUAGCAUCAUUACAUGACGUCAACUUUUAUUCUUAUCGCUUGCAUUAUACCCCCAGCAAAAAAUUCGACGGUGAACUUCAUUCAAGUAACGUAAAGAGUGAAUUAUUCCACGUACCUAGAUGUACCUCAAAGCUAAAUCAUAUCAGGAUAUCAGUGAAAGAAAAUACAUAGAACAAAAAUAACAACCAGGAUCACAUGGUCAACAAUGAUUUAAGAAUAGGAAGAAAAUAAAAAGGAAAGUUUGAGGUUUAAUAAUUAUGAUCCAAGCUGGUUUUGAAAUGCAUGGAGAUUGUCAAAAAGAAUAAAGUUUUUCUUCAAUGGGUUCCAGGACAUGAAUAGAUUUGCAAAAGUAGGAGCAGUUAAAUCCUUUUUCAGCACCUAAACCCUUAUGUGGAAUCGUCUACAGAGCAAUAGAAAGAACACUAUAACAUGAGGUAUUUAGGAAUUUCACUGGAAUAAUAUACAUGAUUUGAGACGGGCAAAGAUACUCAUGGAAACCUAUAAAUAUAAAGAAGAUCUAUUGAAUGUAUCAACAUAAAUUAUGUCACUCCAAUGGACACCUGAAGACUCUAGGUUUACAAAAGUGUAAGAUGCUUCGUUCCAUCCAAAGUUACUGGAAUAAUUUACUGGGGCUGAGGCAGGCAAAGAUAUUCAUGGAAACCUAUAACUAAAGAAGAUCUCUUGAAUGUAUCAACAUGAAUUAUGUCAUUUCAAUGGACACCUGAAGAUGCUAGGUCUCUUAGAUAACGGUCUGACGACCUGUCGUUAACAGAGGGGGAUUCGCGUAAGGCAAGUUUUCGACUACUUGAAAACCUUCACUGUAUGCUUUGUACCACUCAAAUACUUUUUAGCGAUAAAUUAGGGUCCUCAAAAUACCUCUGUAAUAUUUUCAACAAAAAUUUUGAACUGAACUCGUUGCUCAACUUUUUUUUAAUAGUCAAUAUCGCCGGCCAAAAAGGUUUCACCAAUUUAGAGUAAAAACUGUUCGAUAUACACGAGUAGUUUCAAUGUACCUGUCCGAGUCAAAUUUGACCAGACUAUGUAUCAUAGAGUGUAAAAAAUUGUUUAUAUUCUAGAUUAGCUUAAAAUUGUUUAUUGAUUGUGAUCAUUUAUCGUAAAUGUAGUGAUCGUAUGGCCCAGUAUCGUUUUAAUUGAAUUGAAUCAACUGUUUUUGUAUACUAAAGUAAAAAUCCAUAAUGCGCACAAAAUUAGAUUUAUAAAUUAGUAUUAUUAGGUAUUGGACCAAUUUGUAGAAUAAAAGUCGGGGAAAGUAAUGUGAAAAAUCAAAUCAACUUUUUCUCAUAUUAUGGAAUAAUUUUCAAAAUUGAAAACACCAACACACUAAACUACUAACACUUAUUAUCUAAUUUAUUCAAAUUCGCCGUUUGGUUUACUUCUUUCCCGAUGUGUUCACCAUGGCAUCAAAUUAUUUCUUACUCUCCGGCUGUUAAAUACUAUCUCACUUUCUUAAAUCAUCAAUUUCCUGGAAAACUUUAAUUUGCUGUAAACAAACAAAAAGACCUUCUUAAAAAUUGUCUCUUUAAACAAUGACAACGUAAUGAUAAACAAAACUUGUUGUAAAUAAGAACAGGACCGGCUUCACGAUCUAUAUCAGUAAUCUAGUUCGUUAUUAAUUUUAUUUUGUUAUUUCGAAUGAACUUGCCGUAUAAAUAAACAAAUUUUUAUUGAGAAUUUAGGAAAACGAUCGUGGGAAAUAGUUGAUUGUUUUCUAAUUUCCCCUUUUUGAUUCAUUGAGGUCGUUUCGGAGAUUUCUGUUAUGUUAUUACAAACUAUUAAUUUGGUACUGAAACGAACUACGUGAACUUGUACAAUUCUACAUAUUUGUCCACUACAGUGCCUAGAGCAUUAAAAACGGGUAAUUUUUUAAAAUAUCAAAAUCUUGAAAACCGAUUGUUUCAGAUACAAAAUGAUCCAAAAUCCAUGCUUUGUGUCAUUUUUGUUGAUCUUACCUUUUUAAAUAUUGAUAAUAAUUAUGCAAAACAAGGAAGAAUGAUGAAUAAGCAAUACCUUAACAAUAAGUAGACCAAAGUUGUCCAAUUUCAAGUUCCUGAAAAGUCGUAUUAUAAAAUACUUCCUAUGCAACUUUACUAUUUUUUUAUUGGUAUUGCACACCCGGAAAAUAUGGAUUUGUAUCUCAUUAUUGAUUCGAUCCCCCUUCUAGCCAGAUUUUUAAAUUGCAUCGCACAUUUUACUCGACGAGCACGAGUUAUCAUGACACAGACACAACUAUCUGAAACACGAACAUGCAUCGAUCGACAGCGUUGUCGGACGAUAUUUUGAGAGCGUUAUCUGACAUGUAUUAAAAUACAAGAUAUUUGGUCUCUUAUUAAUGUUGUCCUAUUCUAACAAUUAUCGGUGUUUUGUCACAAAUUUCAAUAUUAUUUUUAAGUCCAAAUGCAAAUAUUUAUGCCUAAUCUCGUUAAAUGGCACCAAAUUUGAUUUAGCAGGGAUUUAUAAAGAUAACCAAAUUAGAAAAAUAACACAUUUAGUCACAAAACGUUCUCAUUAUGCACGGGAUAAUAAUCCUGUUUGCCCACAAACGCCAUAUUGACAAAAUUAUGAGAGGUGAUUGAAAUGCCUGAUUUUAUUUAUUGAUUGUAGUGAUUUGGAUUCAUUUCGUAUUAUUUUCAAGAUCUUAUUAUUAACGCUGUUUUAAACAAUUACAAGCGUCAUUUAAAUGUAAUUAACCCCAUUCUGCUGUACAUUCAAGAAAGCAUUGCUCAUUAUUGUAAAAUUAGUCAUAGUAAUGUGUGUGCCAAAUUUAAGUAUAUUAGACGUCCAUCAAUGAUUAUGUUAUCCUUGUAUCAUAUAACAAUCAAAGAAGGGAGCCUCAGAGACAGAAUGGAAAGUCGGGAUACUAGAGAAGGACUAGAAAUUCAGGAUAUGAUGAGAUGAGUUAGAGAACGAAAACGAUGUUGGAGAGAUUAUGUCGAAAGAAUGCUAGGAAAUUAAUGAGCUAAAACCAAACACACGGAUAAAACUAGAAGACCUCCAAAAGCUGGAAGAGGCUAAAUAUUCGGAAUUAAGCAAAACAGGAUUCUGUCAAAAGAAGAAUACUGAGGUAUAUAAAUGAAGCAAUUUUUUGCGAGAUAGGAAAUAAAAUUACAGUAUCUAAUUUGGUAUUGUAACUGUAUUGAAAUUACCUUAACAACCACCCAGAAAAAAAUCCAUUAUUUAAAAUAUAUGAAACAUAUUCAACUGCAUUUAAUGAAUUAUAGUGAGAAUAAAUAUUUUGAAAGAAGGGGAUAUAGAAUUCUGUACAAGAACAACCGAAAGUAUCGAUUAACUAGGAGAAGAUCAUGUUGACAUAUUUCUACGUGGUGUAGAAUAAGCAUAAUCGCGCCGAACUCAUCCUAGUCAUUCGUUAAUAUUGUACAAUCAUUUAGCGCUUCAGGGCGGCUCUAUAAAAUAAAAGUAUAUUCGUUUAUAUAGUUUUAUGGUAUUUUAGCUUCACUACAUUUUACUCAAAUAUGAAACUUUAUAUUACUUAUUCAUCGAUGAGGUCUAAGCUCUGAAAUCUACAAGACAAUUGAUUUCUGAUAGUAUAUCAAUAGAAAAACAAGCGAAAUUUUAUCAUUGACCUUCACAAAAAUCUCCAAUCAACUCUUAAUCCUGUCAAUUUAGACAUUUGAAGUUACAUAAAUUCCCAUCAAGCUGAAAAUCAGUAAAAUGGCUUAAAAUACAAUUGAAAAUAAAAUUUGAAUGUUCCCCAUCAUCAUGUUUACACUAGUGUUGAGUAUCAUGUCUCAACGUGAUUCACUCCCGUCUGAGGUCUAAGGAUUAUUGGAGAGCCAGACUGGCGCAGUACCAGAUCAGAGAGGUUCUACUGUAUUUUUAAUUGGUCGAAGUUCACUUCACACUCCAAGAAAUUAUCUUGGUAACUGUGGAGAUCUACCUCCCAAUAUUAAAAUCAUACAGUCUCCAAAAUAGGGUUCUGAGAAUGCUCCAUGAUACGUGCUGAAUUCUAUAGAAAAGUACUUUCACUCCCGUCUGAGGUCUAAGGAUUAUUGGAGAGCCAGACUGGCGCAGUGCCAUAUCAGAGAGGUUCUACUGUAUUUUUAAUUGGUCGAAGUUCACUUUACACUCCAAGAAAUUAUCUUGGUAACUGCGGAGAUCUACCUCCCAAUAUUAAAAUCAUACAGUCUCCAAAAUAGGGUUCUGAGAAUGCUCCAUGAUACGUGCUGAAUUCUAUAGAAAAGUACUUUCACAACCCCACCUUUAAAAGUAAACUACCAUGCUACAUUGAGAGAUAUAAAGACAUUUGAUUAAAUCAUAAUCAAACGCGCUUGCAAGUGAUUUACUUAAGACGACAGAUUAAGUGCUCCGUUGAAAACGUUUCAGACCGACAGAUAUUUUGACUAGGUUCAAUUAAUUAUUCAUCCAUGUAGUCUCAACGGCGGAAUAACUAACUUUCAAUAGGGAAUAUUUGAAUGAAAUUAUUGUAAUGUAUACAGUCAUACUAUUUCUUUCUUCUUUAAUGAUUAAUCACAUAAUAAAAAGCUAGUGAAUUUGGAUCAACGCUAAGAACCCGAAAAGCUUAAUAAUUAAAUAUUUCAACUUAUGGUUGUGCUGGAAAUGAAUGCAGAAAGUUACAGGUAUAUAAAGGUUCAAAGUGGUCAAAUUGAAAUACUAUAGAACCUGAUAAAUGUGAAUAUGCGAGCAUACAUUUAUUUUAGAUGGAGCCUCAUCCUGUAGCACCUUAUUUGUAUUGCUUUCAUUUAGGUGAUUUGCUUCGCUAAAAGAUUGGACCACAAGAUUAUUUGAAUGUUGUAACCCAGUAGAGUUGUGAAAUCUGUUACAAAAUCUAUAGGAUUUUUACAAGUAAUUGAUGCUGAUGGCGAUGACACAAACAGGAUUCUUUCAAAAUAUUUAUAUUUACAGAAAAGUCGAUGUUUUGAUCAUUGAAUUGGAAACUUUACAAAUAUAUUUAUUAUCAAAAAUUUAAUAUAAUCCAUUCCAUAUUUUGUAUAGUGUUAUUAUUUUGGAAAUUAUACAUAUAUAUUUUGUAGAAAUGUUGGAGCAUAUGAAGAACAUUAGUUUUUUAAAAUUUUGUAUGUAUAUAAAUAAAUCGAUUAUAGAAAAUGAUGAUUUUGUGAAACUUAUACGAGGACUGAUCCUUUAGCUCAAUCCCUAAGCUCACUAUUGUAUUGUUAAAACAGACUAAGCUGACACGAUAUUAUUAACUCAUUAAGUACAAAAUUUUUUGGAGUUCAGACUUUUUUCUAAUUAAUUCUAAUUAUAACUCUGGAAACAUGUUAGUUAUUAUAACUUUUUUUGUUUAAAUUUUAAUGCCCAUUUGGGGAUCAUGAGAAAUAUAGUGAAUAUUCUAAAUAAAUUAAUAAAAAAUUGUUUGUCUAUAUAUUGGUGACAUAUUAUUAUUUUUAAUGGAAUAUGGGACAACAUUCUACAUGCAAACCUAUAUCACUUCGGCAUUUUGUUUCUCACGUUUGUCUUCCAUACUCCACAAAGAAGCUUUCCUUCAAAAGCUCUUUCGCUGUUCCUGUUCGGUACAAGGAAGCUAACAUUCUUCGCAUGUGGUCUACCCACAUUUUUCGGAUCUGACGUAGAAGAAACUUUCAAAUAGUGCAUCAGUAUUUCACGUCUUAAAUCCAGAAGUGGCAUUUUACCAUUGACAAGACAAAAAAGCACAUACUCAUUGAUAAAUGCUGUAUCCUAACAUUUGAGUAAAUCUACUCCCCCCAACUUAUUAUAUUCUAAAAUCAAAUAUGGUUGAAGAAUACUUUUUCUCGCUUUUUCUGUUCUGGACUAUCUUUUGACAGGUAAUAUGCUUUCAUGGUUGGAAAGCAACUAUUCAUUCUUUCAAAUCUACAUGUGCCCGUUGCCCGUAUGUUCAUUUCUAGAAGUUUUUGGACCAACGAAACACUUGUAACGAAGUUGUCCAAGUAGAAGCUAUUUAGUUGAGGAUUUUCAACUUUCGAAAUCAACCUCAUUGCGACGUCUCCUCCUAUUCCAUGUGAGGUUCUUUCGUUCUUUUUCCUUCAUAAACCUGAAAAUGGUAACAAUAACCACUAACCGAAUAACAUCUAGCCCAAAUUUUGAACCCGAAUCUUAUAGGUAUUCCUCUGAAUACCUCUGCAUUGUUUGAGGUAGUAGCGUUCGAAGUAUCUUACCAUUUGCUCAUCAAUACUCAUGAACUUAUUAUUUAGAUGCUCAAUUAACGGUCGUAUCUUGAACAAUUCGUGUCUUUUGUCCUUGGGAGAAUCAUUUAUUUCUGCAUUAUUUGCGAAAUGAAGUUUUUUUUAUAUGAAGGUAGCGAUUUCUACAUAUACAUUUUGUAACGACUGGUAUACAAAUAUCUUCAUCUUCGCUCCAGUACAUUUUUUCCUGUGGUAAGCUGUGAUAUCCAGACAACAAAAGAAUACCCAAGAAUUUUCCCAAACUUUGAGCUUUCACUGACGAUGUGCUCAAAAAUUACGUCGUCAAAAAAUAAAUCAAAAAUGCCAUGAGGACUUUUUCUCUUCAAUUCCAUUUUUAUAUUGUUGUGUUUUUCUGUGCUCGUUCUUUUCUUUUGUAGAGAAAAUAGUAGUUAGAGCAAAUCAUGACCUAGACCACUUUCACAGCUCGAUGGCACAUACCGUCCAGUUCUUGAUAAUUGAAGGUGAAGACAUCCGGUAUCUUCGGAGGCUCUUCUGGUAAAUUUUACAACAAGAGGUGAAAAAUUGAAUAGUGUAAAAAGCCUAGAGAGAGAGGAAAGUGUUUGACGGAUUCGGAUUCGAACUUGUGUCGUUCGGAUUGCGAGGUCGAAGCCUUGUCCGCUGCACCGUGGCGGUCAUGUAAUUAUAUGUGCAAAUCAGUCAAGGGCGCGGAGAAAAGGGAUCAGCCUACGUACUAAACAAAAAUAUAACUGAGGUUCCUUCUACUUACAUAACAAGCCAAAAAAAUAUUUACGCCUUUCAAAUUCAUAAUUUUUGAAAACAUUUUAGAAACACGUACAGAUCAAAAUUAAAAUGAAAUAUGUUACAUUUAAUUAUUUGCUAAACAGCGUUAAUCAAAUUCAAGAACAUACACUUUGGCAGAUACAGGAAUGAAUGUGAAAUAGCCUGUCAAUGCGCUUUACUAGAUGAUGGUAGUAUUAGUACGGUUCCUCAAGCAAGUAUACUUGACUUCUAUUGGAUAGUAAAGAAGUUUAUUAAAUAGAAAUUUUAUAUAUGAGGGCCGUUUUUUUUCAACCUCCGAUAGGCGCUAAAUAAAAAACAAGUUCAUAUCAAAAAAUAAUUUUAUCAUCAAAAGAUUGGUACACUUACCUCUUCAAAGAAAGUUGCCGCCAAUGAAUUCAAGUAGUCCUUAUUGGUUUUAAAGCGCUUCCCACCAAGCCACGUAUUUAGUUUAGGAAAAGAUGAAAGUUUUCUUUAACCAUUCUGCCAACUCGUUGGACCAGGUCAUUCUGAGUAUAAUAUUGUGGAAGUAUGUUCUACUCUAUUUAGUUCGUAGCCCUUUGCAAAUAAUUUAAAUAUUUUUUCGCUAUUUUUAAAAUUAAGUAUACAGAUUAUUAUGUUAAGUGCAAACGCAAUUCUUAUCAUAAAUACAAAUGUGGAUAACCUUUCAGAUCUUGAAUAUACAUGCAAAUAGUACCAAGAAAAAUGAUCAACAAAACUUCUAAGUUUAAAUAUAAAAAUAAACAUUUUUUUGUUAACUAUGCAUAAAAGAUAACAAUAAAAACCAUCUUUUUGAUUUAAAAAUAAUUAUUUUGAAACUUGGGAAGCCUAAGUCCAUAAUAAUUCAAUUGUAAAUUGGUUGACACAAUAGAAGGAACCACAGUAUGCAACAAAAUCGCACUAUUCGUUAAAGUUCUUUUUUGUGAAGAUUAUUUUAUCACCAAAACUAAUAUUUAACGAAAUGUGUGAGAACAAUGUAAUAAUUUUCGGAAUAUACAUAAAUAAUGACCCCAUAAUAUGAUUGGAAUACACUUCACAUGUAGAUCGCACCCUCAUAUGAAUGUUCAUUUUCAGUUAGGUCUCUAGAAGAACCAAUUGUGAUAGAGAAAUAUGUUGAAAAUACUAAAUAAAUGUAAUUUGUGUGAAGUAGCUGUACAAAUGUAGCAAUAAAUAUUUCUCUUGUAA